GAUGGAUAUUUAUCUUUUCCUUCCCUGAAAGACCCACACCACUCUUAUCAUUAGAAAACUAGAAACAGUAUGUGGGUCUCUGAAGUCUCACUUCACCAUUUCUCAUUGCCAAACUCUUCCCAAUUCGACAUCCCAAACAACCUCACCACAAGAUGGAGGCACAAGUUCACUUCAGUAAGGUGCAGUAGCAGAAGUGAUGGUCAAAGUGCAAGAACAAGGAAGAGUUACUAUGAGUUGCUUGGAGUUUCUGUUGAUUCAAAUCCCCAGGAGAUCAAAGAAGCUUACAGGAAGCUUCAAAAGAAAUAUCACCCAGAUGUUGCAGGCCAAAAGGGACAUGAGUACAGUUUGAUGCUGAAUGAGGCGUAUAGGGUUCUGGCAAGGGAAGAUCUCAGAAGAGAGUAUGACGCUUCAAUCGGCAAAAUGAGAGUGGGGUUUGGGGGAAUCUUUUCUGGCAUGGGUUACAGUGCAUGGAAAGGCCCCUUGAGACCCCAAGCUCUGUUUGUUGAUGAAAAUAAAUGCAUAGGUUGCAGAGAAUGUGUCCACCAUGCAGGUAACACUUUUGUAAUGGAUGAUGCUCUUGGGUGCGCAAGAGUCAAGGUUCAAUAUGGAGAUGAUGACAAGAAAAUUGAGGUUUCGGUUGAUUCAUGCCCAGUAAACUGCAUUCACUGGGUGGAUAGGGAAGAGUUGGCAAUACUUGAGUUCCUGAUUCAGCCUCAACCCAAGGAAGGUUAUGGUGUUUUUGGAGGAGGAUGGGAAAGGCCUGCAAAUGUUUUCAUGGCUGCUAAGGCCUUCAACAAGCAACUGAAACAGCAGGCUGACCAUCAUCAAAGAAAUGCAUCCAGAACCGUUGAAGAAGAGACUCCAGCUCAGGCAGAGGCUCGGGCCAAUGCAAGUAUGAAAAUAAAGAUGGAGAGAUUAUCAAGGAUUUGGAAUUGGGUGAAGGAAGUCUCUGGCUCCAACAAGGCAAAUAAAGAGUAAAUACACAAGCAAUAGAAGAGAGACAGCAGGAAAUAUGUAAAUAGAAGAGCAGAUAGAAGUCAGGUUUACUGUUAUGACCUGCUCCCAACUGUGUAGAUAUUAUCUAUUUUGGACACAUAAGAUCCACAUGGUUUUAAAAUGUAUUUACAAGGUUAAUAGGAGUUCAUACAUAUAUAACACAAGCAACAUUUCCCGCA